UACGUGACGUGUCCGGCGGCGAAAUGGGGCUGAGUCGGGUGCGUGCAGUGUUUUUUGACUUGGAUAACACGCUCAUCGACACGGCAGAGGCCACCAGAAGCGCCGUGUUGGAGGUGAUAAAGCUUUUGCAGUCAAAAUACCAGUACAAAGAAGAGGCUAAAAUUAUCUGUGAUAAAGUUCAAGUUAAACUCAGCAAGGAAUGCUUAUAUCCUUCCAAUACAUGCAUUACUAAUCUAAGGACCUCAUAUUGGGAAGAAGCUAUCCAAGAAACAAACGGUGGGGCAGCCAAUAGGAAGUUGGCUGAAGAAUGCUAUUUCCUAUGGAAAUCUACCCGUUUGCAGCAUAUGACACUGGCAGAAGACGUCAAAGCCAUGCUUACUGAACUUCGAAAGGAGGUCCACCUACUUCUAUUAACUAAUGGCGACAGACAAACCCAGAGGGAGAAGAUUGAGGCGUGUGCUUGUCAAUCCUAUUUUGAUGCUGUUGUUGUAGGUGGAGAGCAGAAGGAGGAGAAGCCAUCACCUUCCAUAUUUUACUACUGCUGUGAUCUCCUUGGAGUACAGCCUGGAGACUGUGUGAUGGUGGGUGACACACUAGAAACUGAUGUACAAGGAGGCCUCAAUGCAGGGUUAAAAGCAACAGUCUGGAUAAAUAAAAACAGAAUAGUGCCGCAGAAGUCAUCCCCUGUGCCGCAUUACACAGUUUCUUCUGCGCUAGAUUUACCUGCCGUCUUACGAAGUAUUGACUGCAAAGUCAAUAUGUCAUCUUAAAGUACCUAAAAGGCCAUGAUUAAUCAUUUUUUAUCAAAUUAUGUAGUUUGAGCUAAGAAAAGGUCCAAUUUUACUUUCCCAAAAUUAUGAUCUCAUAGUCAUUAUUGUCAGGGUCCUCCCAACCCUUUUAAGUUUUGAUAACCAAUCAUUGACUGGUUUUAAUACCUGAAAAUCCAGAUUGCAUUUAUGUGAGUUCUUUUUCAUUAGUUCUUUUUCAUGUAUUCAUCCUUUAGCAUUUUGAGUCUUUGCAGGUAGCAAGCAGAUGGCUUAUAGACAGAUGUGCAAACAUAGACUUCAUGUUCUGCCUUAAACAUU